AUGGACGAAACCGUCAUUCAACCGUCAGAAAAGGGCAUCGCCCCCGCAAUGGAGGUCGACGAUACCCUACGAUCCUAUCCUCCCUGCUCUCACAGCGUCGACCCGGAUGGGGAGUCAGACGAAACCGACUCAGACGACCUGUCAAUAAAAUCAACCAAGUCCGCUCACAAUAUUGAAUUCGUUACCGAGAAUGGCCGGCGAUAUUGCAAUGAUUCGUAUUUCAUGCCGAAUGACGACGGGGAACAGACGCGCUUGAAUAUCAUCCACCAGAUCUACCUCAUCGUGCUCGACGGGAAAUUGACCGCCGUCCCGCUGGCCAAGCCCGACGCUCGCAUCCUCGAUAUCGGCACCGGACCCGGCGACUGGGCCAUCGAGAUGAGCGGCUCGUACCCCAAUGCCACCAUCAUCGCGUCCGACAUUGGCGUCUUCGACGGCGGGCUCGGCCACAUCGACCUCCCCAACGUCUCGUUCCAGCUGGACGACGCCCAGGGCGAGUGGACGUAUCAACAGCCGUUCGACCUGAUCCACCUCCGCGGGCUGUCGGGGGCGUUUGAAGACUGGGGCUCGGUGUAUGAGCAGGCGUUCAAGCACCUCGCGCCCGGCGGCUACAUCGAGAUCGCCGACUCGGACCCGGCCGGCGACACCGUCUCGUUCCCGCACUCCGAGGACUCGUACCUGCGCAUCUACGCGUCGGCCAUGCGCUCAGCCGCCGACGCCGCCGGCCGGCCGCGCGACCUGCGCCACCUCCGCCCGGCCAUGCUCAGCGCCGCGGGCUUUGUCGACGUCCGCGUGCUGGAGCACACCAUCCCCGUCGGCCUGUGGCCCGAGGACCCGCACGAGAAGACGCUGGGCAAGAUGGCCCUGAUUGCCUUCCUGGAGGGGCUCGAGGCGUACAGUCUCCGGACGCUGACAGCCACGGCGAGCUGGACGCCCGAGCAGGUGCGCGACCUGUGCGACAAGGUCAAGGACGAGCUGUUCACUGCGGACCAGAUGACCGCGCGCCUGCGCAUCGUCACCGCGCGCAAGCCGUUCUCCCGCAAGGAUAUGAAGGAGCAGCGGAAAAACGACGUGCUGAAGAGACUGAUGCAGUUAAAUGUGGAGGAUUAG